AUGGCCAUGGGUUCAUCUUCAAACAGCACUGAAUGUGUGGGAGUAGAUACUGAACCAACCGCCCUCCAAAAGCAUGUUAUGUUCUUUGAUCAGAACAAAGACGGAAUUCUUUAUCCUUGGGAAACCUAUCAAGGUGGUCGUGCAAUUGGAUUUGGCAUUCUUAGGUCUACCGCGCUCGCCAUUUUCGUCCACCUUUUUCUCAGUGGCAAAACUAGACCUGGAAAAUUCCCUUCUCUACUCUUCCCAAUAGAAAUUAAAAACAUCCAGAGAGCCAAGCAUGGGAGUGACUCUGGUACAUAUGACACAGAAGGAAGGUUUGUUCCAUCAAAAUUUGAGGAGAUUUUCAGCAAGCAUGCAUGCACCAAUUCAGAUUAUUUAACAGCACAAGAACUAAAGGAAAUGCGACAGGCAAACAGGGUUCCCAAGGACUGUUUCGGAAAGAUUCAAAGCUUCUUUGAGUGGAAGCUUUUAUAUGAUAUUGGCAAGGACAAGAACGGUUUGCUGCACAAAGAUACGAUUAGAGGUGUUUACGAUGGAAGCUUGUUUGAGAAAUUGGCGAAGGAGAAAGCUUCGUCUGGGAAAUACGCUGUUACUCCAGCGUACAAAGGGACAACUUAGUACCGUCGUAUUGUGUGAUUGCAGCUCGCUGGUGUUCUUGACUAUAAACUUGCAUUUGUAUGGAUGGGCAUUGGUAAAACCUUGUGUAAUAUUUGUUAAUAAUUGAAAGAUAAAUGUACUAGAUUGAAC